AACCGCCAUUUCGCGCCAUUUCUGAUGACCUCAAAACGACGUCGCAUGGCCCCAAAACGCGGCCCAAGUCAGACCCACCCGAAACCCCCGCUAACGUCACUACUCCAACCACUUCUACUUCUACCCCUCCGCCUCUAAAUUCCAAAUCUUCCUCCCGAUCCCAAAACCCUAACCCUAAUUCCAAUCCCAAUCCCAAGGCCAUUUUACUACGACGACGCAGUCCCCGUCUCGCUUCGAAGACCCCCGAGGCUGCCGCCACGAGGAGCACCCAAAUCGACGGAGCGAUGGAUUUGUUUGGAGAGAGUGUCACGGCUAUGGGGGUUGAGACCUCGAAAUUGGGUUCUGGGUCGGACUCGGCGACCCGAUUGAGUGGGAAAGGUUCGGGCUUUGGAGAGAAGGAGGAGGUUGGGGUUGAAUUAGGGCUUAGUGGUGAUUUGGGGGGAGAAUAGUGAGGAGGAGAAGAAGAAGAGGAAGUUUGAGAUGGGGAAUUUAAGAGUUUUCUGAGCUUGCGAUCGGGUAAGAGAGUUGCGAAAAGAGGUGUGGAUGGAGAAUGUGGGAAUGAUUUCAGUGCUGAGAGGAGCAGAGGUGAAUGUGGGAGAGAGGAAGGGAAGGGGAAGUUGGAUGUGGUGGUGGUGUUGGAUUCGGAUGAGGAGGAGGACGAUGACAAGUCUGGUGGGAAUGUGGUUCGGAGUGGUGGAGGGAGUUCGACAGGGAAGAGGAAGUUGAGUGAUGCAGUUGGAGUUGAAGAUUCGGAUGAUGAAAUGAGUAGGGGUGGGAAUGGUGUGGUGGGCAGAAGGAAGUUUAGCAGACGAGAAAAAGGGAAGGAGAAGUUGGUUGGAGGAGGGGUGCCUGAUGGUACUGACAAAGUGGAGUUGGAUUUGUUGAGCUCGAUGGACAAUGUGGUUACGAGUGCUGCUCAGAUAGGGGAGAAUGUAGCAUUGCAAGAUGAGAUGCAGGGUAGGAACAGGAAUGUUAGAGAGAAUGGGAGAGACUGGAACAGGAAUGCUAGAGAGAAUGGAGCAGAUAGGAGCAGAUACCUGGAACGGUUUCGGGACAUAGCCAGGCAAAAUGCUACUGGGUUUGCUCGUUUUGAUCCUCUAGAGGAGGAGGGGAAUGAUAUGCCUCCUCAGGCUGAGGUGGAACAAGACAUCGAAGAUUGGCCUGGUCCAUUUUCUACUGCAAUGAGGAUUAUGAGAGAUGGGGCAGAAAAGAAUAAGCAAGAGCAGAGUGCAAACAAAGGCAAGACUAAACCAGCAUUGGUGAACUGGGUCCCCAGGCCUCAGGAGCAGGAACGUGCAAUAUCAAAGAAUUUGAUCCCAUCAUUGCAGGAGUUGUGUUUGUCUGUUCUUGCUAAGAAUGCCGAUGCAAUAAUUUCACUGGAGAGUGUUCCAGAUGCUUUGAGGCACCAGCUCAGUCAUCUGCUCUGUGAUUCUAGAAGGAUGAACUCAUUUUUUGAACUUCUUGUUCAAGGAUCGCCAACAUAGGUUAGCUUAAGGGAUUACUCAUGGUUCACAGGGGAAGAGUUUACAAAAUCUUUUCAGGACUGCGACAUUAGCAACUUGACGAUAUUACAACUGGACCAAUGUGGGCGUUGUCUGCCAGAUUAUGUAUUGAAUUCUACCUUAGCCCGGUCAUCCAAUUGCUUUCUUGCUUUAACUUCUUUGUCCCUCAGUGGUGCAUGUCGUCUCUCAGAUGCCGGGUUAGGUGUACUUGUUUCUUCUUCCCCUGGACUGAGAUCUCUGAAUCUCAGCCAGUGCUCCCUUCUCACUUCCUCAAGUAUUGACACUUUAGCUAACUCAUCAAUGCUGAGGGAACUAUAUUUAAAUGAUUGCCAAAGCAUUGAUGCCAUGCUGAUUCUACCUGCCUUAAAGAAGUUUGAGCAUUUGGAGGUGCUGUGGCUGCCCGGCAUUGAAAAUGUUUGUGAUGAUUUUAUUGAGAAGUAUAUUACUGCUCGUGGCCACAAUUUGAAGGAGCUUAUUUUGACUGAUUGCAUAAAUUUAACAGAAUCUUCUGUGAAGGUCAUAGCUGAAACCUGUUCUGGGUUAUGUGCGCUUGACCUAGAUUUGCCUAAGCUGACAGAUUCUACUUUAGGAUAUCUUGCAAAUGGUUGCCGAGAAUUUCAAACAUUAAAGUUUUAUCGCAACUCAUUCAGUGAUGAAGCUAUUGCUGCAUUCCUGCAAACUUCUGGAGAAUGUUUGAGAGAACUUUCACUAAAUUAUAUCAAGAAGGUUGGAGAGAACACAGCCGUAUCACUAGCUAGAUAUUCAAGGAGCUUACAUUGUCUGGAUCUAUCUUGGUGCCGGAACUUGACAGAUGAGGCCCUGGGUUUGAUUGUGGACUGCUGCCUCUCUUUGAAGAUGUUAAAACUUUUUGGAUGCACUCAGAUUACAGACUUAUUUCUGUGUGGCCACUCAAAUCCGGAGGUAAAGAUCAUUGGCGUGAGAAUGUCUCCAAUAUUGAAAAAUGUUGAGAUGCCUGAUCCUGCAGCAGGUCCAUUGCACUAUUCAGCAGUCCCUUCAACUUAAUUUCAGUUUGGAUCAUCUUCAUUUGGAAGCCGAAUCAAGUGCGAUCGUAAUGUUCACAUACUUGACUCAGUCUUGCCUUCAAAAUGAAUAGCUUUUGUAAAAUGAACAGAGUGCUUUUAGUGCAUGUAUAAUCGAGAAGAGGUGGAAAGGUCAGCAUAUUGUAAGCAUUUCAUACGAACCAAGUGGAAUUCCUUCUUUUCAAACCUUUAUUUGAGGAAUUUGAUGACCAGUUUCCUGA